AACUGCAGGUCUCUGCAGUUAAAAUCUGACUGAAUGAUAAUCAGAGGAUCGAGUGGGAGUUUUCUCGUGGAGAGGGUGGGAAGUUUCUCAUCGCUCCUCCAAGGAGAGGAAAGGAAGAGGAAAAAAACAAAAACACUUGAGUAUUUUUUACGCACAGGGCGGGCCUUUCAUUCACCCGGGCUGUGGGUGAGGGGGUCACCUAGUCAGAGACAAUCAAAGAUGUUUGAGUUUCCAUGCGCAGUGACCAGGGAGGUAACACUGCGCGUUAUUUACCCCUCCUCCAGCUCCGACCGCUCCGGCCUCCCACACCGACCCAGGCUUUUAAAGUCACCCCGGUCCAAAAGAGCAAAACAAAAACCAAGAAAACGCGUUCCUAAAGGACAGCGCUGCUGAGGAGAUGUGACUUAAUUCUGCCCGGAGGAACCGAGGAAAACAAAACAAACCUGUUGGCGACGAUGAAUUACUCCAGGGCGCAAAUGUCGAACCUCUCUGAGGAGGGGAGUCUGCAGCAGUCCGCUCCUGCAGGCGUGAAGCUGGGGGCGGUGAUGGAGCAGCUGCAGAGGCACCCAGGAGCCAAACUGGAGAUGAACCUGCAGGAGAAACAUUUCCUUCAAGCUCAGUUCCUCUUGGCCCAUCAGGCCGCGGCGGCCCGAGGGCCCGGCGGCUCCAGGCCGGACCCCCUGCUGUGUGGGGAACCAGAUGGACCGAUCCACCAAACCGUCCCGAACCAGAGGGAGCCGAAGCAGGAGAGCGAAGAUUCGGACGGAGAACAGCGGGAGAUGCUGGAGCCUGGAGAAGGGGAAGAUGAGAGGAAAAUGAGUUUCCAACAUGUUUCCCACUUCCAGCCGUAUUCCACGUCUCUGCUGUCUGCCGCGGAGCAAAAGUCUGAGCCUUCGCCUUCAGCAGUGAAGGAGGAGCAGGAGGAGAAGAACCUGCCGCCUCCUGCGGGUCAGAACAGCUUCACGUCGCCCAGCGGCCUCGCUGACUGGGGAUACGACGAGCUCUUCAAACUGUCAGGUGUUUCAAUUAAGCAGACAGGAUUGGGGCCCCUCCCUGCAAAUAAAGGCACACCAGUUCAUCGUCUCCGAACUGCAGAGGUGAAAAUGCCUCGAUCAAAUCAGCUUUCAGAAGCCGUCAGGAGAAGGAUCAUAGAUCUGCACAGCUCAGGGAACGGUUACAAGAGGAUCUCUAAAGAACUGUCUGUUCAUCGGUCCACUAUCAGAAAAAUUAUCUACAAGUGGAGGAAGUUCAGAACAGUUUCCACUCUGCCCAGGAGCGGGCGUCCCCGGAAAAACGCACCGGAAGGACGAUGUGCCGCCCAAAAAGAGAGAGGAAGCGGCGUCUGGACGGAGGAAUCUGACGGAGCAAAAGCGAGAGGAGAGCCGUCCAGAGACUUUGCCAAGCUCUAUGAACUGGAUAGUGAUCCACAAAGGAAGGAGUUUCUUGAUGAGCUCUUCGUCUUCAUGCAGAAACGGGGAACUCCUGUGAACCGCAUUCCCAUCAUGGCGAAACAGGUGCUGGACCUGUACAGGCUUUACAAGCUGGUGACGGAGAAGGGAGGACUGGUGGAGGUCAUUAACAAGAAGAUCUGGAGAGAGAUCACCAAAGGCCUCAAUCUGCCCACCUCCAUCACCAGCGCAGCCUUCACCCUGCGCACGCAGUAUAUGAAAUACCUGUAUCCGUUUGAGUGCGCUAAGAAAGGUCUGAGCUCUCCAGGCGAGCUGCAGGCGGCGAUCGACAGCAACCGCAGAGAGGGACGCCGUCCCAGCUAUACCAGCAGCCUCUACCGCUACUCUCCUUCCCAGACUUCUGCCCCGCAUUCCCUCCUGACCUCCCCAACCGUGCACACUCCCCCGACCGCUCACAAUGGCAUCAACAUGAGCCUGUCUGCCGGGUCAAAUUUAAAACGGAGUACAGAUGAGAACUCAACGCCAGUCAUAUCCAGGCUGCCGAUGGCUCUGGGCCACCACCAGCAGCAGCAGCAGCAGCAGCAGCAGCACAAUCAUCCACAUCAUCAGCAGCCGGCCACGUUAGAGCAUCUCAGGGAGAGGCUGGAUCGAGCAGCAGGGGGCGCUCCAGUUGAUGGUCCGGAGAAGAAAAUGAUGCGUCUUGCGGAGGAGCAGCAGCGUCUCAUGCAGCAGGCGCUGCAGCAGAACCUGCUGGCGAUGGCGUCCCACCUCAACCCCGUGAGCCUGAAGCUCAACAACGGGAAUGAAAAGAAAAAGGAUUUGUCUCUCAGCAUCUCCACCAACGGACCGGCUAGCAUCAGUGUAUCUGUGGAGGUCAACGGGACAGUUUACUCAGGGACCCUGUUAGCCCAGAAGACCUCCGCUCCCAUGUCGUCGCAGAACGUAACUCCAGCAGGAACCAGCGGCUUCAGCGCCCUCUCCUCCUCUCAGAGUCCAUCCUUUUCGUCUUCCACCUCCUCUAAGGGACCAAAUUAAAGCUUUUAAAAUCUGUCUCUGAUGCACCUAAUAUGCCUCUCGAACCUAAAAAGUGGGACCUUCAGGGAAAAAUAAUGUCACGCACAAAACUGUCUUUUUUUUUCACUUAAUCACUUUUAAUUUACUCCAUCAUUUGAAACCUUCACAUAAAUAUAGUUUCAUCUCAGUUUAUUGUACCUGUUAGGAGUAUUUUCUCUUUUAUUAACUUCACAGGGAUUGCAGAACACACAGUGAAUAUCUUUAAUGGACUUUGUUUGGGUUUCAGUGACACUAAUAAUUUCUGCUUCUUGCAUUUAUUUGCAUAAUGAUCUGAAUGUAGUUGCUAAAGUGCAGCUAGCAGAGACCAUAAAGCCUUAGCUUGGUGUCGUAGUGUCUGUCUUUAACUGUUUUUGCUGAUGCAUUUUGUAAUUAUUCAGGUUAACUUGACUGAUGCUAUAUGCUUUUCAUCAAGAAUUUCAGGGAAUAUACAAGAAAAUGUUUUCUCAGAAACUGUCAGAAGAAGAAAGUGUGCAGAGUGGAUGGAUCUAUUUACUGUUUUUUAUUUAAUCACUUAGGUUUAGUUUUAAACAUUUAUUUCCUGUUGGCUGUGAAAAUGAGACGUGUUUAAGCAGGGAACUACUUGUAAUGCUGAAGUGGUGCAACGUUUACCUCUUCCCAUGUUAAGUUUCUCAGACUUCUGCUAAUGUAUUGCUGUGUUUGUACAAAAGCAGAGAAUGUAAGGUUGAUGACUUCCUGUUUUGGACAGGCGAACACUGACACAUUGCUACCUCAUUCUACCCGAAAUAUGCAACAUGUUCCUUUAGCCGCGAGCUAAAAUAAUCUGGAUGUGGACAAUCAAGUAAACAUAUCUUUGUUGCCGCUGUGGCUUUGGCAUUUACCUCUGUGCUGGUCCUGAGUUUCAUUCUUUGUUUGGAUGGGCAGCCAUGAGAAAUAAAACAGUGAUUCGUGGUGCUGGAAAAACUCU